AUGACUAUUUCCUAUAGUGGUAAUUUUUUCGGUCUUUUGACUAGAUGGAAAGGCAGCAUUUGGCGAUUAACCUGGAAGGAACUUCUAAUUUAUCUUUUUUUGUACUACAUGGUUAGAGUAGUAUAUUAUUAUGUACUGCCAUUAUUCCCCAACGGUGAGGAAUAUCGGAUAGAUUUCGAAAAAUUGGCGAUAACCUGUGAAGAAUAUACUAAACAAAUACCAUUAACUUUUGUACUUGGCUUUUACGUAUCUAAUGUCGUUCACAGAUGGUGGAGACAGUUUGAAUGUCUCCCGUGGCCUGAAGAUGCACUUUCACUUUUAAGUUCAAUUAUUCCUGGAAAAGAUGAGAAAAGUCGACACAGAAGACACGCUGUUGCUCGAUAUUUGAACCUUACCUCAGCACUGGCUUGGCGUGACAUUUCUACGAAGCUUCGCCGUCGUUUUCCGACCACUGAGCAUUUGCUUGAAUGUGAAUUGUUGACGAAACCUGAACUAGAGAUGUUGAAUUCUAUUAGUGAUGAUGUCAAAAAUGUUCGAUGGUUAACUCCACUUCAUUGGAUACAGCAAAUUGUAUUGGAUGAAUUGGAGGAAAAUAAACCGCAAGUUGCCUUAGUAAAUAGUUUUAUGGGUGAAUUAAAAAGUUAUCGUAAUAGCAUAAGAAGGCUGUUUUGUUACGACUGGGUUUGUGUUCCUUUGGUAUACACACAAGUGACUACGCUAGCAACUUAUUCUCUUUUUGCAUUUUCGCUGUUAGGCAGACAGUAUUUGGACCCGGCAAAGGGUUAUCCUAGGUACAAAGCCGAUUAUUAUGUACCCUUCUUCACGAUUGUUCAAUUCUUAUUUUAUGUUGGAUGGUUUAAGGUAGGGCAAGAUCUCAUGCGGCCCUUUGGCAUGGACGACGAUGACAUCGAACUAGACUACAUUUUCGAGAGAAAUGUGGCUGUUUCGUAUGCCAUAGCUGACAGACUCCAGAUGUUACAUUAUGGCGUGUUUUUUGCUAAUCUAUAUGUUUUUUCAAACUUCUAA